AUGGCUAUCUCGAAUACUCAACAAAUGAAGGCCAUUGUUCAACCCGAUAAGGCUUCUCAUGGGCUUAUCCUUACCAACAAGCCUGUUCCAGAACCUGCUCACCCUCAAGAUAUUCUUGUCAAGGUACACGCAACCGCACCCUGCAAAGGCGAGCUCGACUGGGCACUCAUUGCCCCUGAAUACAUACUACCUAGCAAAAUUCUCAUCCCAGGGCAGGAUCUAGCUGGUACCGUACUUUCAGUGCCAAAGGGCAGCAAAUUCAAAGUCGGAGACUCCGUCUAUGCACGCAUUGAGGCCAACCGUCCCGGUGCUGGUGCAGAAUAUGCGCUCCCACGGGAAAGCGAACUCGCCCUGAAGCCCAAGAAUCUCAACUGGAUUGAGACCGCAGCCACUCCACUAAGUUCAUUGACGGCAUACCAGUUGCUCUUCACACAAGGAAAUAUUUGUGUGGCCGCCCUGACAGGGGACCAGGUCGCAAAACGCACCAAUGCCAAUCUGCGUGUCCUCAUUACCUCUGCGUCUAGCAGUGUAGGUAGCUGGGCCGUCCAGUUCGCUCGAGAGGCAGGGGUCGGAUGUAUCAUCGCCGUUACGUCUACAAAGAAUAUCGAGUUUGUUCGUAGCCUAGGUGCUACUGAGAUAAUUGAUUACACGGAACAAAAUAUUUCAGACUGGGUAACCCAUGAUCAAUCAGGAGAAGUGGACCUGAUAAUAGACACUAUUGGAGGCCCUUCACUCACACAUUCAUGGCGCGCUGUCAAGGAGGGAGGUAACAUUCUUAGUGUUUGCGGUGUCCCAGAGCAGAGCCGUCCCGAGGGCGUGACUAAGAAAGCCAACAGCUCAUUCUUUCUUGUUAAUCCUAAGGGCGCUGAUCUUGAAUCAAUCACGCAGUUGAUCGAGGCGGACAGAGUCAAACCCAUUGUUGAUAGCGUGGUUGAAUUUGACGAUUUUGCAAAAGCUUGGGAGAAGGUUGAGGCAGGCCACGCAAGGGGCAAGGUGGUGGUCAAGAUCUCUGGAGAAGUGUAA